AUGCCAGUCUUCGCAGUCAUUGCGAGCAGAAUCAAGGAAGUUAACUCCGCGUCGUAUUGCUCCACGUUCAACAGACAGGUCUUUACUCCACGUCUCGAUCGAGAAGAGGCUAUCACGAUGCUGAUGCCCCUUUACGACGACGUGAUAAGCAACUACCCACUUCUCAACUUUCACUAUUUUGUGAACCGAUUUGAAACUGUUCCGAAUGCAGAGGAUUCGUUCAACAGUACUUCAGGCUGGGCGUAUAUGAACGCGGUCAUUGCCGUUGGGACCCGGUGGAAGACGAUCAAUAGCGCGUUCCAGGAAGUAUGCCAACUGGCAUGGCCAUUUUUGAAGAAUGCUUUCUCAGUCCUCACGGAACUAAUGGUCAAAGGCGACGAUCUUCUGUCGGUUCAAGCUGUUGUGGCAAUGGCUGUUUUUAUGCAGGGGACGACGUGCUCAAGGACGGCAGCUCUACUUUCAUCUGAUGCGGUAAGAUUAUCGCAGAACAUUGGACUUCAUAGGCAGCCCUGCACCAUGAUGUCGAUGUGUAUGCAAGAUGUGGAAGCACGCAGUCGAGUAUUCUGGGCCGCAUAUAUCCUUGACAAGGAAAUGGGGCUCAAUCACGGUCUGGACUCGAUCCAAGAUGAUGAUGACAUUGAGACGGAAUUACCGAUAGGUUUGGGAGAGGGUGUAGACAUUCUCAACUUGCGUGCCAAACUCGCCAUGGUUGAAUCCUCCAUUAGACGGCGGCUUUACACUGCGAAAGGACUGCGACUUAACGACGAUGAUGUGGUCAAGGCCAUCAUAGAUCUUGAUGCUCUGCUCGAAGAGUGGAGGUCCAGUCUGCCAGCAGAUCUUCAGCCAACCUACGACUCCCCUAAAUCCGGUCAAGACUUUGCUCCGGACGUUUUGAACUUACAUCUGGCCUUUUACCGCUGCACACUUAUGGUGCACUGGGCAGCGAGGCGACACAGCCAGUUCAAGACUGUGGCCGUUCUCUUGGGAACACCGGCAGGUUUCGAGAUGCCCUAUAUUCAGCUUUCGUUCUCCCAGAAACGGUGCCGGACAGCUGCCCAUGCGACCUUGGGACUGUUCAGAACGAUCUCGACACCGCAAUACUCAGAUCUCUGGCGAAUCCUGUGCUAUCCUCUUUGCGCAAGCAUGACUCUUCUCACGGAUGUACUGGAGAACCCUGGUUCCUCUCGCGCGCGCAGCGAUCUCGGGGCCACAAGAUCAUUCGCUGGCUUCCUACAGAGAUUUGAGAAGACAGAGGGGUGUGACUUGAAGCGCGUGCUGACCGCGUGUGCCAUGCUGCAAAGGACAGUGCAAUACGCAGUGGAUGAUGCUCGGAACACCAUGCGUGCCCAAAAUCUGGUGGGCGGCACUGGUGGCGGUAUCUCAUUGAUACCGGGGUUUGCGUUGAACGAGGACGCGCAGGCUUUACAGUCGCUACUCGGUGCGACAACCCACCCGAUGUAUCUGGUGCAAGGACUCAUGGGGAAUCUACCAAACCGAGACCAGAGUCUUACUGUAAGACUGGCUCACCUGCUCGGAACUCCCUUUGAAGGAGGCAAGCCAGGCAGCCCGCUUGGGUCUCAGCCGCUACAGCCGGAGACGUACGGCUUCGGCUUUGGGCAGGGGCAAGCUGGCAACGAUCCGACAGCGAAUUGGUCUUGA